AUGGGUUUCUCCUGGUGGCUCAGCAUGAUAAUCAUCUGCCAUCUCCUCGCUGCAACACUCAUCUCCUCGGACACUUCUUUGAGCUCAAACAAACUCUCUCCCACGUCCUCCGAAUUUUUAAAUUUUGCCAAGAAGCGUGAGGUUUUUGAUUGGAUGGUCGGAAUCAGAAGGAAACUUCACGAGAAUCCUGAAUUGCUUUAUGAGGAAUUUCAGACCAGUGAGCUGAUCAGAAGAGAGCUGGAUACAUUGGGCGUAUCAUAUAAAUACCCAAUUGCAGUGACCGGUGUUGUUGGCUAUAUAGGCACUGGACGACCUCCUUUUGUUGCUAUAAGAGCUGAUAUCGAUGCUCUUCCUAUUCAAGAAAUGGUGGAGUGGGAGCACAAGAGUAAAGUUCCUGGAAAGAUGCAUGCUUGUGGCCAUGAUGCUCAUGUUACUAUGCUUCUCGGUGCCGCAAAGAUACUCAAACAGCGUGAAAAAGACAUACAGGGAACUGUAGUUCUUGUUUUCCAACCAGCAGAGGAAGGAGGUGCGGGAGCUAAGAAAAUGUUAGCUGCUGGAGCCUUAGAAAAUGUCGCUGCUAUCUUUGGAUUGCAUGUUAUGCCAAACAUACCUAUAGGUGAAGUGGGCUCUAGAUCUGGUCCUUUUAUGGCUGGCAGUGGCUUCUUUGAAGCAGUAAUAAGUGGAAGGGGAGGUCAUGCUGCUCUUCCUCAGCAUUCUAUUGACCCCAUUUUGGCAGCUUCUAAUGUGAUUGUUAGCUUACAGCAUCUUGUUUCUCGCGAGGCUGAUCCUUUGGACUCCCGGGUUGUGACAAUAGCAAAAUUCCAAGGAGGCGGUGCUUUCAAUGUUAUUCCAGAUUCUGUCACUAUUGGUGGCACCUUCCGCUCCUUUUCAAAAGAAAGUUUUGUGCAACUAAGACAACGGAUUGAGCAGGUGAUCACUGGACAAGCUGCUGUACAGAGGUGCAAUGCAACAAUUAACUUUUUUGAAGAAAAUGCCUUCUACCCUGCUACCGUUAAUGAUGGCAAAUUGCAUGAGCAUUUUCGACAGGUUGUAGGGGAUAUGCUUGGUGAAGAAAAGGUUAAUGAGGUGAAGCCAAUGAUGGGAUCUGAGGACUUCUCAUUCUAUCAAGAGGUUAUCCCUGGUUACUUCUUUUUCAUUGGAAUGGCAGAUGCUUCUCUCGGACAACUUGAGUCGCUGCACUCACCUAAUUUCAGAGUCAAUGAAGAUGUUCUUCCUUAUGGGGCUGCGCUUCAUGCAUCAUUAGCUAGUAGCUACCUCCUUCAACUUCAGCAGAAUGUGAAAGUUGCAGAAGGGAUGGGUCAUGAUGAACUAUGAAUCUAAAUUUCGUGGAGAAUUGGGCUAAAUAGCUGAUAUUAGGCAUUGGUUUGACGCAUUAUUUCGUUGCAAAUAGGGGAAAGAGCAGUAGCUCAAAUUCAGAGAUUCUGUAGUCAAAUAAAAUUAUGAAACCUGAUUUCUCUGCCGUAAGUUACUAGCUGCAGUGAAGUAGAAAAUAAAUAAAAAGAAAACGAGAGUGCGUGAAGGGAGGAAUUGGAAUUCAUGCACACCUCUAUUUCUAAUAUUUGCUUUUUCUUUAAUUGUGUUUACAACACUAUUAUAAAAAUUUAAAAUUGGUACCUUAAAUCCUUUCCCUUUUCUA